UUCCUCUCGCGAGAACACCGGUGCCGGAAGUUUCCGGCUGAGGGCCCUGGAGGGGACUGGAGAGGCGUAGGGGCUAUUUGGUCGCGGGGGCUCUCGCUGCCGUCGCCCCGGUCGGUGCUCUUCACAAGCGCCCGGUGGCCGGGGACGCCGCCGGCCUCUCACGGGGGGUCGUCGCACGGCCGUCCCCAUGUUGCGCUUUCCGACCUGUUUCCCGUCCUUCCGGGUGGUGGGAGAGAAGCAGUUGCCCCAGGAGAUCAUUUUCCUGGUCUGGUCGCCUAAGCGGGAUCUCAUUGCUUUGGCCAACACCGCGGGCGAGGUUUUACUUCAUCGACUUGCAAGUUUUCAUCGAGUUUGGAGUUUUCCACCAAAUGAAAAUACGGGAAAGGAAGUGACCUGUCUGGCUUGGAGACCAGAUGGCAAACUUUUGGCCUUUGCGCUUGCUGACACCAAGAAGAUUAUUUUGUGCGAUGUAGAGAAGCCUGAGAGCUUGCACUCUUUUUCCGUGGAGGCUCCUGUCUCCUGCAUGCAUUGGAUGGAAGUGACUGCAGAGAGCAGUGUCCUCACAUCCUUCUAUAAUGCUGAGGAUGAGUCAAACCUUCUCCUGCCCAAGCUUCCCACACUGCCAAAAAAUUACAGCAACACCUCAAAAAUAUUUAGUGAAGAAAAUUCUGAUGAAAUUAUUAAACUCUUGGGAGAUGUCAGGCUUAAUAUUCUUGUCCUUGGAGGAAGCUCUGGAUUUAUUGAACUUUAUGCUUAUGGAAUGUUCAAAAUUGCUCGAGUCACAGGGAUUGCUGGUACUUGCCUUGCAUUAUGCUUAUCAAGUGAUUUGAAAUCGCUGUCAGUGGUCACAGAGGUGUCUGCCGGUAGUGCUCACGAAGUUUCAUACUUUCAGCUUGAAACUAACCUGUUGUAUUCCUUCUUACCUGAAGUAACGAGGAUGGCUAGAAAGUUUACUCACAUUUCAGCUCUUUUGCAGUAUAUAAAUUUAUCACUGACAUGUAUGUGUGAAGCAUGGGAAGAAAUACUGAUGCAAAUGGAUUCCCGUCUCACCAAGUUCGUGCAGGAAAAGAACACAACCACAUCAGUGCAAGACGAGUUCAUGCAUCUGCUGUUGUGGGGAAAAGCAAGUGCUGAACUUCAGACGCUAUUGAUGAACCAGUUAACAGUAAAGGGCUUAAAAAAGCUCGGCCAGUCUAUAGAGUCAUCCUAUUCCAGUAUUCAGAAGUUGGUUAUCAGUCACUUACAGAGCGGCUCCGAGUCUUUGUUGUACCACCUGAGUGAACUGAAGGGGAUGGCUUCGUGGAAGCAGAAGUACCAGCCGCUGGGACUGGAUGCCACGGGGAUUGAAGAUGCUAUCACUGCUGUGGGUUCUUUCAUACUCAAAGCAAAUGAACUUCUUCAGGUUAUAGAUAGCAGUAUGAAAAACUUCAAAGCAUUUUUUCGGUGGCUGUAUGUGGCAAUGUUGCGAAUGACUGAAGACCACGUGCUUCCCGAGCUGAAUAAGAUGACUCAAAAAGAUAUUACAUUUGUUGCUGAAUUUCUUACUGAACAUUUCAAUGAGGCUCCAGACCUGUAUAAUCGAAAAGGAAAAUACUUUAAUGUUGAAAAAGUUGGUCAGUACUUGAAAGACGAAGAUGAUGAUCUUGUGUCACCCCCUAACACAGAAGGAAACCAGUGGUAUGACUUUCUCCAAAAUAGCAGCCAUCUUAAAGAAAGCCCUUUGCUGUUUCCUUAUUAUCCUCGAAAAUCAUUGCAUUUUGUGAAAAGACGGAUGGAGAACAUUAUUGAUCACUGUUUGCAAAAGCCAGCAGAUGUAAUUGGAAAAUCGAUGAAUCAAGCAAUCUGCAUUCCAUUAUAUAGAGAUGCUAGAAGUGAGGAUUCCACACGUAGAUUGUUCAAAUUUCCUUUUCUGUGGAAUAAUAAAGCUUCAAACUUGCAUUAUCUUCUUUUUACUAUUUUGGAAGAUUCACUUUAUAAAAUGUGCAUCUUAAGAAGACAUACUGAUAUUUCCCAAUCUGUCAGUAAUGGACUGAUUGCUGUUAAAUUUGGGAGUUUCACAUAUGCCACAACUGAAAAAGUCAGAAGGAGCACCUACAGCUGUCUGGAUGCCCAGUUCUAUGAUGAUGAAACGGUGACAGUCGUUCUUAAAGACACCUUAGGACGUGAAGGGAGAGACAGGCUCCUGGUGCAGUUGCCGCUGUCCUCAGUGUACGGCAGUGAAGACUCUGCAGAGUACCAGUUCGCUGGAACGUACUCCAGAAGGCUGGAUGAGCAGUGCAGUGUGAUUCCCACACGUACCAUGCAUUUUGAGAAGCACUGGAGGUUACUGGAAAGCAUGAAAGCUCAGUAUGUGGCUGGGAAUGGUUUUCGAAAAGUGUCCUGUGUGUUAAGUUCAAAUCUCCGCCACGUGAGAGUAUUUGAAAUGGACAUCGAUGACGAGUGGGAGCUGGACGAGUCUUCCGACGAGGAGGAGGAGGCGGGGGCCAAGCCCACGAGGGUAAAGGAGGAGGUGCUGUCCGAGUCAGAGGCUGGCACCCCGCCGGCCGCCCCCGCGGCGGCCUUGGCCCCCGAGGUCGCCAUCAAGGUGGAGAGACCGGACCCUGAGCUGGACUCCUGAGCCCGCCGGCGGAAGGCUGCAGGCGGCAGGCUGAGAUGUCCUGGCGAACUCCGGAGUUCUGUGUAACAGAAGUAAACAGUAAACUUUAUUUUUUCAUAUCUUUUUACCGAGCUUUCUUUUUAAUAAUGUGUGCAGUAUGAAGGAAGCACAAAUUGAAUGUGAAGAGAAGGGUCAAUCUUUUCUGUCGAAAGAAUUACCAUUGAGGAGGAAAUCAGUCAUUCACCACUGGGAAUUUUGAUGCAUUUAUUUUUAAAACUUAGACAACAUUUAUUCUUAUUUUUCCACCUUUCCCUUUUAGUUUACUUUAGGUCUCUAGAAUACUUUGAAACUAAUGUUUUGAAAUUGAUCAUACUGAUUUGCUCUAAGUCAAAAAAAGCGGAUCCUGCCUUUUAUGAUUUAAAUGGCAGAAACACAGAAAUUCUUGGAAUCAGCAGAGUUUAGAUGUGUCGUUUUCCCUCUGUAUGCUUGGUCAAGGGUGUACAGCGGCUUUCUGUUUUACUGUGAGGGAGCUUGAAAAAUAUGGAACGACUAAACAUAAUCCCGUACUAUACUAAUUAUACUACAUAUGCUAAUUACACCAUAAUUAGGGUAAUUAUACUGUAUAUACUAUAGUACUAUAUAGCACCAUGUGUACUAUAAUGUAUACUAUAGUUAGUGUAAUUUUACUGUACACUAAUUAUAUUACAAUCAGUAUGAAUGAGUUCACGUUGACUUCCUAACGCUCAUUCCUGCAGUAGGGUAGUCGUCUGCAGCAGCUUUCAAAGACUUUCCAUUUUGUCUUUGAAUGCUAACACCGCUUCACUGAUGAAUGAAAGGAUCACUUUUUAAAGCUUAUAAACCUUCAGACAAGAUGACAAGACAAACGUAAGGAGGUGACUGCGGGGUUGCCUGUAGUUUGUCACUAUGACAGCUUACAAUGGGUUUAAAUUAGAUUGUAAUUAAGUAAGAAUGACAGGAGGCCUUUGUUUGGAUGAGGCUCCUGCACUGGACCCCAACAGACCAGACUAAAAUCAGAAUAGAGUCACCCGUGCUAAAAUUCCACAUCACCAACCUGAGACUGUUACCUGACCUAAGAAAUCAGAAGAGAAAGAGUUAAGGCCAGAAUUCCCAAACGGGCCACUUUGAGUUAGCAUGGCAGUGCCAUUCUCUGUCUUAAUCCUUGCCAGAAAGCACCCUGUUGGUAACCAGCCAGUUAUUUUCUAUCCUGUCUCCAGUGUCGAAAGGAUCCAUGUGCUUUUGUUUCUGCUGUAUUUUCACUCUGCCUCAGUCUGUAAAACUAACCUCUUCUGCUCAUUGCAUCAGAAGACUUACUCUAUCUUAUAAAGUGUUACGGAAGUCUGCAAAAAUAAAGCCAGUUGAGAUGGUAAA